UCUGUGUCUUCUUCUUCUUCUUCCAAAUUCGAUUCGAUCUAUUCUUCGACGAGAGAACCCUAGCGCAAACUCUUAUAGAUUCCUCAGCGAGAAGAAAAUCUAUAAACUCCGAGCUUGAGUUCCCCAGCUCUCUCUCUAUCUAUCUCUCUCCUCGCUGGGUAAGAAUUUGCGUGGAUUUGAAAAGCCUUUGAUGCCUUGAUUAGUUUCCUUGUUUCGAUUUUAUCUACAGAUUAAGCUGAAGAUCUUUGGUGGUUUUGAUUCAACAGUUUUUAUCUACUUGCUUGAGAUUUUGGGGGGUAAAGUCUACACAGUUCAGUAUCGAUGUGCUCCACUAGGAUGAUGAUCCCUAAUCAUUAGACUUUUCAAAAGUUGAUGCUCAUGUUCUCGCCUCUGUCUAUGGCUUUUACUGUCAUCCUUCAAAAGCUUAGUGUCUUUGGCCCCGGUCUGAAUCCCUCUUUCCCUUACUGCAUCGCCAAUUACUCCCGUUAGUUACCAUAACUCUGCCUCCUUCAGUGGUCCCUGCUUCUUGAUAUUCUUGAGUGAGAUUUACACCAAACCAGAUCAUGUAAAUCUGGUGCUCUCUCAUAGCAUAAAGUGUAUCCUUCUGACUGAGUUCUUCUUUGAUUAUCACCUACCUGAGUCUCCUAGUUCUGCUCGCAUCUUACUCUCAAAGCUAGCUCUUACUUUGCCUGAAAGCUUAGACGCAAGAAUGCUCCAAGAAGAGGCGGUUGGAUUCUCUCUCCGGCGCAACUCUUUUAGGCGCCGAUCCCCAAGAUCAAACGUUGACGACAGGGGAUGGACUCCGCUCCACAUCAAAGCCCGGAAAGGCGAUCUGAAGUCCGUCAAACAGCUGCUCGACCAAGGGUUCGACGUGAACGCUCUAGCUUGGGGACCCAAGUCGAAAGGAGUGACUCCGCUUCACCUCGCUGCCGAGGGAGGUCACAUCGAAGUCAUGGAUCUGCUCCUCGAGCGCGGGGCCAACAUCGAUGCCAGGACGUGGGGCUCUUGCGGGUGGACACCUCUCCACGCCGCGGCCAAGGAGAGGAAGAGAGAAGCGGUGAAGUUUCUGGUGGAGAACGGCGCGUUUCUGCCUGAUGACAUAAGUGAUACGAGAUUCAAUCCGCCGGUGCAUUACUGUCACGGGCUGGAGUGGGCGUACGAGGAGAUGAAGAGGCUUAACAGUGAGUCUUCUUCUUCUUCGUCUGGUGGAGACACGUCUUGCAGUUCAGAGAACUGAUCUUUGUUGCUAUCUUUUUCCUCUGUUUUUUCCUCAAGUCUUGCCGUUGAGAGAAACUGGGGUUUGUGUUUUUUGGUUUUGUACCUUGUUGUAUGUCUCAAAACUGCUGCUGUGACAUAUUAUUGCAUAAUAAAUGUUGUGUAUGUGA